UGAAGGUGCGCGCCCGUGCCGGGAACAUGGACUUCGCCUGCCUCUGGCUAGGGCUGCUGCUGCCUUUGGUAGCUGCGCUGGAUUUCAGCUACCACCACCAGGAAGAGAUGGAAGAGUUUUUGAAGAAUGUUGCCCAAAACUACACUUCUAUCACUCACUUACACAGUAUUGGGAAAUCUGUGAAAGGCAGAAACCUGUGGGUUCUUGUUGUGGGUCGCUCCCCAAAGGAACACAGAAUUGGGAUCCCAGAGUUCAAAUACGUGGCAAAUAUGCACGGAGAUGAGACUGUAGGGCGUGAACUGCUGCUACAUUUAAUUGAAUAUCUCGUAACCAAUGAUGGGAAAGACCCUGAAAUCACAAGUUUAAUCAAUAGUACCCGGAUACACAUCAUGCCUUCAAUGAACCCAGAUGGAUUUGAAGCUGUCAAAAAGCCUGACUGUUUUUACACCAAUGGAAGGGAAAACGGUAACUCCUAUGACCUGAAUAGAAAUUUCCCUGAUGCUUUCGAAGUGAACAAUGUAGUGAGGCAGCCUGAAACGGUGGCAGUCAUGGAGUGGCUGAAAACAGAGACGUUUGUCCUCUCCGCAAACCUCCACGGCGGGGCCCUGGUGGCCAGUUUCCCAUUUGAUAACGGUGUUCCAGCAACUGGGUCAUUACACUCCCGGAGCUUAACCCCCGACGAUGACGUUUUUCAACAUCUUGCAAAUACCUACGCUUCAAGAAAUCUCAACAUGAAGAAAGGAGAUCAGUGUAAAAAUAAAAUGGACUUUCCUAAUGGGAUUACAAAUGGGUACUCUUGGUAUCCGCUCAAAGGUGGAAUGCAAGACUAUAAUUACAUCUGGGCCCAGUGCUUUGAAAUUACGCUGGAGCUGUCGUGCUGCAAAUAUCCUCGGGAGGAAAAGCUUCCACUCUUCUGGGAUUCUAACAGAGCCUCGUUGAUUGAAUACAUAAAACAGGUGCACCUAGGUCUAAAGGGUCAAGUUUUUGAUCAUAAGGGAAAUCCGUUACCCAAUGUAAUUGUAGAAGUCCAAGACAGAAAACAUAUCUGCCCCUACAAGACCAACAAAUUUGGAGAGUAUUACCUCCUUCUCUUGCCAGGGUCAUAUACAUUAAAUGUUACAGCCCCUGGACAUGCGCCACACCUCACAAAGGUGACUAUUCCCAAAAAAUCCCAGGACUUCAGUGCUCUUAAAAUGGAUAUUCCAUUUCCACUCAAAGGGCAGCUGGAUUCUAUCCCAGUAUCAAGUCCUUCGUGCCCUCUGGGUCCUUUAUACAGUAAUUUGCCCAGUCACUCAGCUGCAACAAAGCCUGGUCUGUUCUUGUUUUUUGUGACUCUUUUUCACAUAUUGUUCAAAUAAAGCAAAAUGUGAAACUCAACCCCAUCGCCACCUGGAAUCAGGGAUGACUCAUGCCAGGUUACUGCACAGUCUAAUUCCCUCUGUGGGCAGCAGGACAAACUCCACCGCCCUUCCCUGAGAAGAUGAAUGGUUGUUUCCAAACCCUGCAACAAGCAACUCAUGAUAACAAAACAAACGAUUUAGUUUUGAUGAUGAAUGGAAGGCAGCCACCCAUCAAGUACUGACCACUUCCACGUAAAGUAGUCUUAGAAAUUUGUAAGAAGUUAAGCUUGAGAAACAAAGAGGUUCCCACAAGAAAAAAAAAAGGAGCUAAUUCUGUAUACAGAGAGCCAGAUGAAUAUAAGCAAUGAACAUGAACAUUCAUUGAUCACCUGUUACAUUCAAGACCUUGCUAUGAGUGCUAUAUAUAUAUGAGUGCCAUAUAUAACCAGUCUCAGGGCAGGGAGAAAUGAUGACAGGACUGGAGGUAUUUAGUUUUGCAAAUGUUCUAAGGAAAUAUAAGAAAAAAUAGGCAACCAUGUCUCAGUGGCCCAAGAAAAUAUGGGCCUAAUGGGAUGACAAGGGGGUGCCUGCAGAGUCCCACAACAAUGGGUCAAUUAAGUAAGCAUCCCUGCCUUUCUGUACCUGGGUGCCACAGUCCUCUGUUGUGCUGAUGACCCAAAAUGUGUGAUUCUAGCCUCUUGCCUGAGCUUUGGACUCACAUCCAACCGCUCACUGUAUAUAUAUCCACCAGGAUGUGACCCAGAGGUACCUCGAACUCAUGUUGGAUAUUGAACAUACUUUUGGCUAGAGCUGCUCUUCCCCCUAUACUCUCUGCCUCAGUUACUGGUCCCACCAAACCAGAACCCUGGGAGUCACCUCUGAUACUUCCUCUUCCUCUUUCAUCCCCUGUAGUCAGUCAGUCACUGCAGACUGAUGUCAACUAUAGGUGGUGGUCAAGUCUACCCUCCCUCCGUGGCUACUAGCGCUUCCCCGUCUCAGCUCCACUCACUCGCUCCACUGCAGCUGCUUUCCUGGUCUUCUGCUCCCAGCGUCCUCUCCUUCAGAUCCAUCCUCCUCUCAGCCCUGGGGAAGGGGUGGGGGGUCCCUUUAAAACAAAAAUCAACAACCUGUUGCUUGUAGUUCCUCCACACCUAAUGUCCUGCUGGGUCCCCUGUGUCUGGAAUGCCUUUCAGCUCACAUGUUUCUUCCUCCCCCUCCUUUAAAACUCAGUUUGGGUGUCAGCUCCUCCAGGAAGGCUUUGCUGACCAUCGCCCCACUCCUUUCUGCUUCUCCCCCUCCCAGUCUGGGGGCCCCUCUUCUUGGCUCCCCUAAUGAAAACAGGUUACUUCUAUUAUUGGAUUUAUAACACUGCAGUACUCUCUUGUACUUCAUAUGUGCUCUUUCUCCAGCAGAGUGGGAGCUCUUCGGAACCAGGGCUUAUUUAAUUUGUUUGAAAAGUGCAUUGUGAUAUCCUUGGAGAACAUAUUAGGAACUAAAUGAAUGAACAAAGGGCUCCAACAAUUUGCUACCCCCACUCUCCCCCAGAAACUGUAUCGGUCUUUGAGUCAUUUUAUGAAAUUGGAGCCCAUGCUUUGGCAAUUUCCAGUUCACUAGUAACACUGACGGAAGAGUGUUUUCGUAUAUGUAUCAAGAAAUAAAUUCAAAUAUGGUGCUUUUACUGGACUUUGCAUUUAUCCUAAGGUUCAUAGUAAAGGUAUUAUGUUACCUGUUCAUGCUACAGCUACCUUUUUUUUUAAUCAGAAAACAAAAUUUUCACCAUUAGUACUCAGUAUGAAGCAAUUAUUCACUAUAAUGAGAGUUAACCUAACUUAAAACAUUGUAUUAAGGGGAAUUAAGUAAGAAUUAAGGGGAACUGUCAAACAGAAAAAAUAAUAGCAUAGCAACCCUGGUAAGCAGGUCUCUAAGUGCUGUGUAUCAGUCAUGGAGAAUGAGUUGCCUUGGCUCUUAUUUUAAAUGGAAAGUUCUGUAGGAUCUGGAAGCAAAACUGUACUGGGCUUGGUGUGUGGUGAAUGCUUGACCCUGUAAAUGAAUGGGAGGCACAUGGGCAUUUAGGAGCUAUUCUCGCGCCAAGCAUGUGCUACCUGCACAAAAUCACACAUGUUUAACAUAAACAUAAUUUGUAAUCUUUUAACUGCUUCUUUUAAAUCUGGUAAUAACCUAAAUAUCUUGAUCAUUUUUAUUUAAAUAAGCCAUAAUUUAUUAUACUUGAAAGUAUAUAUUAAAGUAUUACAGAAAAUGUAUCAGUAUAUUACCUAUGAAAGUACAUAAAAUUUGGCUUGAUUUACCAUCAAGCUCUAAACAAUUUUUCAAUCAGGCAUUCUGAGUUCUAACUUCUCCUUUUCCAAGCAGUUUUUUUGUAUCUUUUUUUAACCUUGUUUUUAAUUUUUAAAAUUAAAUUUAUCAGGGUGACAUUGGUUAAUAAAAUUAAAAGACAGCAAUUUUUCAAGAAACAUGACCCAAAAUCUGAACUGGUUAAUGAGCUUUAAUGUUAAGAAACAUUUUUAAAACUAGAAAUUUUAUCAGAAUCAAACAAAAUUAUUUAGAGAUGAGCAAAACAACUAAAACUAUCUCCAAACCAAAUUUACAUCAGACCUGAAUUUAAUUCAGAGCAGGUUUGGGGUACAUAUUUUCAGCAGUGGCUCUGUACCCCAGUUUGUAGCAAAGGUUAGUAAGUACAAUUGAAUCACAGCUACACCCUCCACUAAUCCAGUGAAGCGUCCCAGAGGAGAAAAGUCUACGGAAUUUUGACUACAGUCAGACCAUAACCUUUCCGGCUGUUCUCCACCCUGGAAUGUUCCUCAGGCUCUAAGUUCAGGUAUAACUCCUUUUAUGGAGAGACCGAUAUGGUCAAGGUUUUCGAAACAGGUAGGAGAAAAGAUAGGACAUGGCAGUAAAAUGAUAAGGCAGAAGCGCUGGACUCAGACCCACCCCACGUUCAGUUUCCUUACCGGUGAAACGAAGUCCUCCGCUGGCCUGGUUCUGUGCCUGUCGGAAACCAUGGUUUGAAAGCCACGCUGGUGCUGUUUUUGCUAUUUGCCCAGGCGGAGAAAGGAAAUUAACACUCAGGUGCAAGUAUUUCAAAGGCAGUGUAACUUACCCAGGACCAAAUCUUUUGCCUCAGGUACAAACAGAAUUGGUGUGAAAACUAAAAUCAAACAUUGAUUAGCUAGAAUGAUCAUUUAAUUGUAUUUAAGGAAAUUUCCCUGAAGCAACAGUUUUCCUGGUGUAGGUGCACUCAAACUAUGCAAACAUGAAUGACUCUGAAUGGUGGGGAGUGUUUUAAAGAAAUGUUAUUGCUGCAGAUACAUGUCAGUGCUGACUUUGGAGCUUAAUUUAUCACAUUCAGAACUGAGCUGUUGGAUGAACUCAAUGUUUUGUUCUAGAAGCAAAUUUGCAUGGUCUACCUUUAGAAGGCAAAAAUAUCUGACACUUCAUUGGAAAGAUCUUUUCCUAAGGAAUCCAGAAAAAUUAGCAUUGCAGAUUAUCUCAUGGCAACAGGAUAAGUCACUUACUGAGAAGUUCGUUUCUUACUGUACACAGUGAAAACUCAAAUAAUGUCCAUUUCAUGACCAAUGAUCCCUUUUAUCUUCCUCAUGACUUUAGAUGGGGGGAGAGGGAGAAAAUGGUCAAAGAACAAUAAAAAAACAUUAGUAACACCUGAAACAGAAGUUUGGCGACGGUCUAACUUCGUCGUAGACUUUAUAUCACUAAUAAGCAGGCAUUGUUCUGUAUUGCUUACAAACUGUUUUAUCAUGGUUUAGCACAUGAACUGUUCCACAGCCCUUUGUAGAUGUUUUGCGAUAAUUUUUGAAAUUUUCUCGAGGACUUUCUAAUUAAGAACUUUAUGUGCACACAUUAAGAUUAUAAAGUUUUAUUGGGUAUUGGCCAUGACUACCUCUGAACUUAAUAAAUCUAGAAUGUUUCUUAUUCUCAAUAAACUA